AUGACGCAGCAGCAGCAGAAGCAGCGAGAGCAGCAACACUUUGAGCACGGGCAGCCCGUCGGCGCGCCCGUCCCCGCGCCGCGCGGGAAGGAGGACGGCGACGACACAGGGCCCGGCGCCGUGCCGUUCCCGCCGCACGAGCCGCUGGUCGGCAAGACGGUGUCGCUGGUGCCGCUCUCGGCGGAGGCGCACGCGGCGGACCUGUACGCGCACCUGGGCGGCGAGGCGAACCUCUGGCGGUGGACGUACAUGCUGUCGGGCGGGUGGCGCGACGAGGGGGAGUGCGAGGCGGCGAUGGAGGCGUGGGGUAGGGGGAGGGAUCCGCAGUUUUAUGCCGUGGUGAAGCAUAACCACAACGGCGACAACGGCGACGACAAGGGUGAGGGUGAGGGUGAGGGUGGUGAGAAGAGUGAGGGUGACGGCGAGGGUGAAGGUCAAGGGGAGGCCGUGGGCAUGAUGUCGUACCUGAGCGUCGUGCCGGCGCACCGACGCAUCGAGAUCGGGUCCAUCAUCCUGGGCGACGCGGCCAAGGGGAGCAGGGUUGGGACGGAGGCGUACGCGCUGCUGGUGGAGAGGGCGUUUGCGCUGGGGUACCUGCGCGUGGAGUGGAAGGCGAAUGCGCUGAAUGCGAGGAGCCUCAAGGCGGCGCGGAGGCUGGGGUUUACGUUUGAGGGCAUAUUCCGAAAACACAUGGUCGUCAAGGGCCGCGAGCGCGACACGGCGUACUUUAGCAUCACGAACGAGGAGUGGCCGGCGGUCAAGCACGGGUUCGACGAGUGGCUCGCCGACGGCAACUUUGACGAGCGGGGGGUGCAGAGGCGGAGGCUGGAGGAGUGUCGGGGCGAGACGAAGAGCUGA